ACGCAUCAUGCGCAUUGCCUGCCUUCUCCGGUAGUGGCUACGUGUAAUUUCGAGGAAAAUGGCAGAUAGAAAAAACAAUAAUGUUCCUAACCCCGGCGCAAAUUUGUUAUUUAGUGGGGCUCCGGAGUUUAACUUCAAUUUGCCUUUUAUGCCAGUGAGUCAGGCCUCUGGUCCGGCGGUGCUGUCGGGAGAGGAUUCUACUGAAGUUGGCGAAGAAGACAGCUUUUUGGGUCAGACUUCUGGAAAUGUACAAGCUCCUUCUACCUUCAGCUACUUCUCUAACUCAGUAACCAGCAGUGACCCGUUUGCGUCUAUUGGCCAACCACCAUGCCCACCGCCAUCCUCAUCAGCAGCAGCCAUGUGUGCUGCCACGGCAUCUCUUUCUAGCAGUGUUAAUAUGGCCUCUGCGUUGCCUCCUAGCUCACAGUUGAACACCGCUUCUCCUGUUUUCGGCAGUACAGUAUAUCAGAGCCCAGUGGGACGCCAUACUCCUCCCCCUAGUACAAUGACCCCGCCGCCACCUCCGCAGAUGCAACCACAGAGUCAUAAUCCUUAUAGACACACGGUCACCAGCAGCAAAGCCAGUCCUUAUAUUCCCGCUCCAGAGGUCCUCCAGCCAAGCCACACAUCCCAUCGCAAUCCCUACUCUGUCACCUCGGGGUCACAAUCAUUCCCGCUGUCCGGAGCCACAUUUACAAAGCUUCCUCCCAAUCACAUGCAGGCACCACCACCUCCUCUGGCCAACCCUGCUGGUACAGUCGUGCCCGCUGGUCCCAUGAUGCAGUACAACUACAAUGUAUAUGAGCCUAUUCAGCCACACUGGUUCUUUUGCAAGCUAGUGGAGUCCAAAAGCGUGUGGCUUCCUUUCAGCAUCAUCGACUCCCUCCAGCUCGAAGAGACGUAUAACUCUGUUCAACCAGACCCAGAAAAUGUGAUCGUGCGUACAGACGGCGGUCGUUUUGAUGUGCACCUCUACGACCGCACGCGGUCAGCUGUUUACUGGGAGGAGGAGAAUUCGGAAGUUCGGCGCUGCACCUGGUUUUACAAAGGGGAUACGGAUAGUCGCUUCAUCCCAUACUCUGAGGAAUUCAGCGACAAACUAGAGGCAGAAUAUAAGAAAGCUGUAUCUACCAACCAAUGGCACCGUAGACUGGAGUUCCCAUCUGGAGAAACCAUUGUCAUGCACAAUCCAAAGGUGAUAGUGCAGUUCCAGCCCUCCUCAAUGCCUGAUGAGUGGGGCACAAAUCAGGAUGGACAAACCAGGCCCAGAGUGGUGAAGAGAGGGAUUGAUGAUGACCAUGAUCAAGUUCCUGAUGGCGAGCUCCCCAAAGUGGACCAUCUUGUUUUCAUGGUUCAUGGAAUUGGUCCUGUAUGUGACCUGAGAUUUCGGAGCAUGGUUGAGUGUGUGGACGACUUCCGCAGUGUGUCGCUGAAGCUGCUGCAGAGUCACUUUAAGAAACCCUUGGACGAUCACGCCAUCAGUCGGGUGGAGUUCCUGCCUGUCCAGUGGCACACGGCUCUUCAUGGAGAUGCCACAGGGGUGGACAGGAGAAUAAAGAAAAUCACUUUACCCAGCACUGGACGAUUACGUCACUUUACAAAUGAGACAUUGUUAGAUGUGCUAUUCUACAACAGUCCUACAUACUGCCAGACCAUCAUGGACACAGUUGCCUACGAGAUUAACCGACUUCAUGCCCUGUUCAUGAAGAGAAACCCUGAUUAUAAAGGAGCAGUGUCUGUUGCUGGGCACAGCUUGGGAUCCCUUAUCCUCUUUGACCUUCUCUCAAAUCAAAAGACUGACGUGACCCCUCCUGUGAUGCCCACCAUCAACGGUGAAGCCAAACAGGUGGCAGCCCAGGUUCCACAGGCUGUCAUCCCUCCAGAUGCGGAGGAGCAGCCCAAAGAAGAGGAGCUCGAGGAACUUUCCGAUGUGCUGGAACAUCUUGGCCUGUCAGAGUACAAGAACACCUUUGACGAGGAAAAGAUUGACAUUGAAUCUUUUCUCAUGUGUACAAUUGAGGACUUCAAGGAUAUGGGCAUUCCGCUUGGCCCCUGCAAAAAAAUGGCCAAAUUUGUCAAAGAAAGAGUGACUAAAGAGGAGAAAAAAGCUGAGGUCCGGGUGGUCAGUCAAGUCGCAGCGCCCCCACAAGCUGCUGAGACCGGUACUGAGAAGAAUCUUCCGGCAGGCGUCUCCUCCAUCCACGUCGACUACAACUACUUUGAAGUUGGCACUGGACAGGUGUCGGUGAUCUACCACAAUCUAAACUUCAGUCCAGUGAAUUUCUUUGCCCUGGGUUCUCCAAUCGGCAUGUUCUUGACUGUCAGAGGCCUGGAGAAGAUUGAAGAGGCCUAUCAGCUGCCAACGUGCAAAGGAUUCUUCAAUAUUUACCAUCCGUUGGACCCAGUGGCAUACAGGAUUGAGCCCAUGAUAAUGCCAGACUUGGAACUGAAGCCUGUUUUGCUACCACAUCACAAAGGAAGGAAAAGGCUGCAUCUCGAGCUGAAGGAGAGUCUGUCUCGGAUGGGCUCGGACCUGAAGCAUGGUUUUAUCAGCUCGUUGAGGAGCGCUUGGCAGACGCUCAACGACUUUGCCCGCGCCCACACAUCGUCUGCUCAACUUCAGGCAGAGUUGGCUAUGGUGGCCGAUCAGAUUGAAGAGCAGGAGAAAAGAGCGCAAGAUCUUUCAGAGCAAAAACCACCAGAGAUCCCCGAACCACACAAAGAAGACGAGCCUGAGGUUAGGAUCGGGAUGCUGAAUGGAGGGAAUCGGAUCGACUUUGUCCUGCAGGAGAAGCCCAUUGAGAGUUUUAAUGAGUACCUGUUCGCCCUCCAGAGUCAUCUCUGCUACUGGCAAUCUGAAGACACAGCUCUGCUUAUCCUCAAGGAGAUCUACAAAAGCAUGGGGGUCCAGCCAGAACACAUGGUGCAUUAGCACAAUAAAGCCCCACAUCAUGAAAGACUUUUCCACUUGGUCCGUUUUCCUGGAUUAUAUUUGCUAUUUCUUUCUUUUACGUUCUAUACAUGUGAUGGACUGUAUGCAAAUUUAUAAUACAACCGUAUUAUACUAUUUGUCUUAAAUUAAGAAAACUGAUUUCCCUUGUAGAUUAAAAGACUUGACAAGUACAGCAAUAUUUUAUAAAUUAUAGAGCUGGAUAAGGAAGGUGUGUAUCAUUAGAUAAAAGGCCAACCGAUCGGAAUUAAGUAGAACCAGUUAUUUUAGCCUUCUGUGUGUUCCAUGGGCAAAUUGACCAAUAAACCAUUUCCUU